CAGAAUUGUCUGCACUCCAAGGAAAUACACUGUACCUUCGAAUCGAGUGAAGAAACUCCAGUUUCACUUUAUGAGCCUGACACCCACAGAUAUUUAAAGAAAAAGGCCCAGGUGUCUUAACUAGAGGAAGUCGGCAAACAAACUCAGCCUGACAGAUCAUAAGGAGAAUACUUCUGAAUCCCUGGGAGAUCCUGUGAACCCCCCUCCCUCCUCCUUCCAAUGUUUCAGUGGUUGGGCCAUGGCCUCUCAGUCAGGCAACAUGAACCGUGAGGACCGGAAUGUGCUCCGAAUGAAAGAAAGAGAAAGGCGAAAUCAAGAAAUCCAACAGGGAGGAGGAGAGGCCUUUCCAGCAAAUUCCCCUCUCUUUCCUGAACCCUACAAAGUGUCUAGCAAAGAAGAUAAACUGUCCAGCCGUAUUCAGAGCAUGCUGGGCAAUUACGACGAGAUGAAAGAGCCGAUCGGAGGAGACACACUUCCAAAGCUCAGUAAACCCUCUAAUAGUUCGUCUUCCUCUGAGGAGAAAUCAGGACCACCUUUAUUUGGAGACCAGCGCAGUGUUGGUACUGGCAGUAGCAGCCAGAGCAGUAAGUGGACUCCAGUUGGCCCCGCAGGAGGAUCUUCAUCCCAGUCCCAGAAACGGUCGGGACUUCAGGGCGGACACAGUAGCCAGAGGGGUAACGGAGGCAGUAGCGGCAGCAGUAGUAGUAGCCAAAGACACGGAGGGGAAGUGCGGGAAAAGAAGUCAAGUAAACACAGCAGUGGGUCUGAACAUUCAAAAUCCCACACAUCGAGCCCAGCUAAAGGCACUCUGAGUUCCUCAAGCAGCAACAGUCACUCCCGGAGCUCAUUGUCUGCUGAGCAGCAUCACAGCAAGGAGCGCUACCGGCCCAAGUCUCCUCGGGACAGAGAGGCCAACUGGGACUCGCCCUCGCGGGUUCACACAUUCCCCAGUGGACAACACUCCAGUCAGGCCUUUCCCCCGUCUCUCAUGUCCAAGCCCAGCUCCAUGCUGCAGAAGCCUACAGCCUAUGUGCGGCCUAUGGACGGCCAAGAAACAGCAGAACCCAAAAGCUCACAAGCAGAAAGCUACAGCGGACAGUCGCACAGCAGCACCAUGGGAGAAAUGAAGUCCAACGGCAAGGCCUCACUUUCCAAACUGAAGAUCCCCUCACAGCCUGUAGAGGGCUCAAGUGACGCCAACUGUGUGGAUGAAAUCCUGAAGGAAAUGACUCAGUCAUGGCCCCCUCCCCUGACAGCCAUUCACACCCCCUGCAAAACAGAGCCCUCCAAGUUUCCUUUCCCCACUAAGGACCCUCACCCAUUUCCCAGUGGACACAAGCGCGGCAGUUCUUCCAAAAGCUCCAGCAGCCACCCCAAAACCUGUGAUGACCAGCCCACGCUGGAAGAUGACCUGAAGCUAAGCAGCAGUGAGGACAGUGAUGGAGAACAGGACUCAGCGAAAAACACCUCAAGAAACACGUCAGCAAGUAAUAACAGUGAAGGAGCUGAGCAAUCGAGAGAUGACUCCAGCAGCCACAGCGGAUCAGAAAGCAGCUCAGGCUCAGACAGCGAGAGUGAAAGCAGCACAACAGAUAGUGAAGGCAAUGAGCACCCACGACCUGCUUCACCCGAACCUGAGCAACCCAUGGCCAACAAGUGGCAGCUGGACAACUGGUUCAAAAAGGCUAAACAGUUCUCCCCAGCGUCUCCUGUGGACAACAAUAAUGUUCCAACUAAAUGCAAGAAGGAGGGCCGAGACAACAGCUCAGGACGUGGCUACAGCAGCCAGGGAGGGGGGUCAAAAGACUCAUCAGCCCCUGCCCCAAGCAGGGACUUGAGGGCAGCACAAAAAGGUGCAGAGAGUGGACGUGGUCGGCAAAAGUCCCCUGCUCAAAGUGAGGGUGGGACUAGUAGUCGUAAGGCUGUUGGUAAAAAACAGCCGAAAAAGGCUGAGAAACCACUAGUGGUAGAGGAACCCAAGGGAGGUUUGAGAGUGGAGACCGAACCAGUUCCAGAGAACCCUCCUCACCGGGCCAAAGCUGCUACUAAGGGUUCCCGUAAACCAAACCUCAAAAAAGAACCCAAAUCCUCCCCGAGGCCGACUGCGACCACCGUUAGUAGUACCACAGACAAACGGAAAGCCAAGGCGCCGACCAAGACUCAGACUCAGAAGUCUCGUGAAUUUGUCACAGACUCUUCGUCGUCAGACUCUGAGGGGAACGAGAGCAUCCCGUCAUCGUCACAGACACCCAAGUACACGGAGAGCAUCAGGACGCCGGUGUGUGUGUUUUCUCCAAUGGAAGAAAAGGAGCUGUUGUCUCCUCUGAGUGACCCUGAAGAACGGUAUCCUGCCAGGCCACCUCAGCAGCAGGUCCUACUUGUGAAGAUAGAUCUCAGCCUCUUGUCCAGAAUCCCAGGGCGACCCUACAAGGAGCCUGUCGAGAUUAAAGUGGAGAGGGAUGACUCUCUUGACAGGGACAGCAAAGACUUCACCAAGCAGAGCUCUGAGAAGAGCUCCAGCAAGGGCAAAAGGAAACACAAGACCGAUGAUGAAGGUACUAAACAAGAGAGCAAGCGAUGCAAGCUGGAGGAUAAGUCACUGUCUCAUCAUAAAAACAGCAAAGAGUCCAAAAGAUCUUUGGAAAAGAAAGAAGAGCCCGUUCCGUCUCCCUCCAUAUCUGGUCCUCAGCGGACCCCCAAAGCGGAGCAUCCGAGUCGGAAGAGGACAGUGAGUCAGUCCUCCACCUCAUUGUCCAGUGGGACGGGGAGUGUAAAGGAGGGAAGCCACAGCACCAAGGGCAGUUCCACCUCCAAACAUAGGAAAGGAGAGGACAAGGGCCGAAGCGCUCGUGAAAGCAAGGAGAAAUCCUCAAAAGGCUGUGAUAACCAGCUGGCUGUGCCUCCGCUCUCCACAGACGGCUCCAAGUCUCAGAGAUCCAAGCUGGUGUUUGAGGACAGAGUCCAUUCAGCAGAUCACUACUUACAAGAGGCCAAGAAACUUAAACACAACGCAGAUGCACUGCUGGAUCGUUUUGAGAAGGCAGUGUAUUACCUUGACGCUGUGGUGUCUUUUAUUGAAUGUGGUAAUGCUCUGGAGAAGAGUGCCCAAGAGGCUAAAUCUCCGUUCCCCAUGUAUGCUGAAACUGUGGAGCUUAUCAAAUACACUAUGAAGUUAAAAAGCUACAUGGCCCCAGAUGCUACUUCAGCAGACAAGAGGCUCGCUGUGCUCUGCCUUCGAUGCCAGUCCCUCCUCUACCUGCGGUUGUUCAAGCUAAGGAAAGACAGUGCACUAAAAUAUUCCAAAACACUUACUGAACACUUAAAGAAUUCUCUGAGUAACACCCAGGCUCCCUCUCCUGGAAUGGGAAAUAAGGCAGCAGGCAUGCCCUCUCCGGUGUCUCCCAAACUGUCUCCGGGCACCGCCGGCGGAUACUCGGCGGUCAGCAGCAGUAGCAGCGGCAGCUCUUCAGUGACCAUACCCCAGCGUAUUCACCAGAUGGCGGCCAGUUAUGUCCAGGUCACCUCCAACUUCCUGUACGCCACAGAGGUCUGGGACCAGGCAGAGCAACUAUCCAAGGAGCAGAAAGACUUUUUCUUGGAGUUGGAUAAGGAUGGUCCUCUGAUCUUCAACACCAGCAGCAUGACAGAACUGGUGCGUUACACGCGGCAGGGCCUCCACUGGCUGCGCCUGGACGCUAAACUCAUUCCCUAGCGAGGACUUCACCCCCUGCACCAUGCUGCUGCUGCUGCCGCUGCUUCUUCCACACACACCCACACCUCAGCCACUUACGUUCAAGAACAUGCUUCAGAAACGUGAAACACGCAUGCCUCACAACACAACACACAAACGGAUGUACUGUAUGCACACAGACACACCAGUCCACCUCUGGUCCUCCAUGUCCACACUUGUGAUGAACUCCUCAGACAUAUCUCCAACACUGUGUCCAUUCUCUACACCAGCUUGCCAAAAACACUGAGCAAUUUAGAAACAUCUCACACCUUCUAGAGCACCACACAGGGAGACGCUUCCAAACUGCAGCAUAGGAGUGAAAAGAGUUUAUCGCCAUGCUUCACAUACAGAUGUUCUUAUGAAAUCUUUGACGUGACAGAAGGCCAUGUUUUUAUCUAUUUGGCACAGAAGCGUCAGCUGAAUUAUUUAUUAGGAAUACACUAAACUGAGGGUUUGGUUUUUAGGCUACUUUGGCUUUUAACUUUUUGUUUUACUUUGUUUCACCAAAGUACCUCCCAUGAACACCAAAGGUGCUUUAAAAUGAAGGCUUCUCUUUAUCAUUUUUGUGCCUUGUAUGUGAGCAACAGGAAAACAAAUUAUCAUGUUUCAUAUCUGAAUAAUUAUGUUAUUUUCCCUCAUUUUCUUUUUUUGCUCUUGUUAUGAAUUUUGUGCAUUUUAACACUUGGCAGUCAAUGGAAGCUGGCAACAAUUAUGUUUAAAGUGCAGUCUGUUUUUAAAUUGAAUCUAAAAAUCUUUGAUAUUUUAGAGAAAAAAAGAACCGUCUAAAAAUCUUGUCUCAGUCUCAAGGCCACUAGAGGUUAAUGUUGGAGCAUGCCCUCCACAUUUUAGAGACUGUAGGAAGGGCUAAUGUGCACAGUUCAUUAAUACUUGACAUGUAUAUCGAUAAACCUUCACCUAAUUUAUAUCGAUCAAUGUAUUAGUUUAGAGCAGCGUCUUCUCCUCAGUAUCAUGAUCUUUUUAACCAUACUAGCAAAGAAAAUAAUAGUAUUUAGUCGAGUCAGCUGUUGUCUGAGUGGAUGCAAGGAGCCACGUGACCUCUAGGGGCCGCCAGCAGGGCCUUCUUAGACUUCUUCACCUUCAUUUAUAAUUGACUAUGUACCAACGUUCUCCCUAAGAGAUCUGCAGCUUCUUUGAAGCUCUGCAAUUCCAGUCUCUUCCUAUGGAAUGUUUUACACUUCACUUACAUUGUUCACAGAAAAAAUUUCCUUUAGGACGAGUCACUUCCACACAGUGUUACUUUAUUUUCCUUUCUUUGAUCUGUCCUCAGUUGCACAGAGUGUAUUUUUCUACCAAACAGCAGGGAGGGUCAGAGUAUUGAGGUCUAUAUCCGCGUAUACAAUGCAGUUGUCUACAUUGCAGUUUAUAUUCCUGGGUCUGUGUGAAUUUGGGAAAUAUCGGCACAACAAAAGCAAAACAGGACAGAUGGAUACUGUCCUUUUGAAGUAGCAAACUCAUCAGUGAUUCAGAUUAGCAGUGUUGAUUUUAUAGAACAAAGAGUUUUAAAUCUAUGAUUAUAUAUUUCAAAUAAGUAUAACGUCCAAUAUAGAUUUUAUUUAUAUACUGUACCAAGCAGUUUUUCCUUCUUUUUUUUUCCCCCUCCUUUUCAGCCACGCGAAGGUAUAACUUUUCAAAGCGUAGAAUAAAACAGGGUUGAACAGGAGUUAUGAGAUGCAAAGUAUUUCUAUAUAUAAUUUAAAAUUGUUCAUCAUGCUUGUACCACACAGAAUCAGAUAGAAAAUGUGUCAGGUAGUUUUUUGUGGUACAGCAGCUGUGUCCUGACAAAACAAUAAGGGGUGAUCUAAAAUGAUCAUCAAGCAAAUGUAGAUUAUUGUCACACCCACACCUAAAUAUUACACUCAACAAUUAGGUCAGCAUUGAGCUGUUUGGUAAUCAUGCCCACUACUCUAAUACAUACUGGAAAUACUGAAGCCAAGGUCACAUGGUCUUUGAAGUUGAGUAGAAAAGUGCCACAAUGCUAAAAUAUACGUAUUAGUUUAUGUAACAAGAGCUUAUAAACAUCAGUUUUUGUGAAUGAGAACUUUCAUGUUUUCAGCACAAAACAAACAUCUUUACUGUUUAACCCAGACACAACCUGUUUUUGUUUUGUUUUUUCAUUCUUCUUUUGUCCAGUUUUGUGUUUCUUUCCUCCAAUGGCUCCUGGCCUUUACUGUAGGAGGGGAUACUGUUAUUUCCUCUUGCACUUUCAAACAAAAAAAGUCAGAGGAGGUAUAUUUUAAUCUAUGCAGGAUUUUACAAAGAUCUGUUUCUGUUGGAAAAUUAAAAUAUUUUUGAUUUGGGAUUCUUUCUGCCUCAGAGAAACCUGUUGAACUCAAGUGUCCAAUGCCUUUAGCUUUUGCAAUUUUGUGUACUGGUUUAGUAUAUAUAUAUAAAUAUAUGUAUAUAGAUCUGUUUUUAUAACCAAACACCAAUGGCUUGAGCCAUUUUGUACUUAAAGCUGGAGGCCACUUUCUCAUAGGAAUUCCUCAGUGGGUUUUUCCAGCCCAGUCAAUGUCUUCAUACACUGGUACACUUUGUAAGUACAGGUCCACGCCUUGUGUUCCCUACACUAUCUAAUAGUCAAAUGUACAAAUUUAGCAUUAGAGUAAUUUUUAACAGUUUGCUACUUACUUAUUUAUUUUUCUGCCCCUUUACUUUCAGUUUUUUUUUUUUUCUUUAAAUUUGCCUUUUAAGGAACACCAUUUUAUGAACUUGAUGAGAUGUAAAUGUAUUGGAGGUGUUCAUGAUGAGAUUUCAUUGUAAAGUAGUAAUUAAUAUUAAUUCUAACUUGAAAGAAUCCAGGGGUAAGAUGAGUUUUUUGACAUUCAGUAGGAAGAUGUUAACACUUGCAUGUUUCUAUUUAAAUACAAAUGUAUAAAUUGUAAAUAUAACAUUUCUUUAAGGGUGAAUUUCUACUACAGGUUGACAUUUUUAUUGAAAUUACAAAUGCUGUAAAUACAUUUGUGAGAUACUUUAUGCACAUUUUUUUCCUCUCUCUUUCCUCUGUGGGCUUUUGUUCUUCUUCCAAGCUGUUACAGAUGACAUCCCAAUCUGUAACACUGUAAAUCAAAAUUGAUUUUCCAGUCUCUCUGUUAAUGUGCUUGUAUGUUCUGUCUUCUGCUUCACUGUCUCAGUAUCACAGUCGCCACAUAAUCAAUGUCUCUAGAUGCAAGUGCAAAUAUUUUCUUCUCUGUAUUUGAUAUGGAGGCGUGUACUUUUCAUGAAAUGUAUAUUGUCGAUCUCAUGGGAUGUAUGGAUGGAUGUGGACGUUGGCGUGUACAGUCUGUUAUGUAAAACCACGUCUGUUCCUUCUUCAUGAGAAAGAUGUAUUUACUGUGUCCCUUUUUGAACAAUUGGUCCAACAUGUCUUUUGAAACAGAGGCAUUUCUCUACAUGUCAUAAACAGCUGUAGCAGUUUAUACAGUAUGUUGUAUAACAUCUUUUUUCUUAAAGUUGUCUCACAAAUGAGACCAGCAGCAUACACUAUGUACAAUAGUCUAAAUUGGAUUAGUUUUAAGAGAACUGAUGAUAGAGAUACUAUAUAUGAUGGAUGCAAUAUGAUAAAAGGUACUCAUUGAGUUUGGUCUUCAAACUUAGGUUAUGUAAUUUAAAAGCAUUCUUGUGAAGUGAGUAUUAAUUGUGACUAAUGAGAGUCUGUCCUGAAUAUUCUUUGUAUUUUGCCGUAUUGAGAAUAAAAUAUAUAUGGAUAUGUUU